AUAAUAAUUAAGCGAGACAAUACAAUAAAACGGCUAAGUGGUAUUACUACACUUAAAAACGGCUAAACUCAGCGGCUCCUGCGCCGACCCGCACCUCCGCUCAGUCGUCGCUAACUAUACGAAGUAUUAGGACGUGCUGUCAGCGGUCGCGUCAUCUUGUACCGCCAAAAAUGGAUUCAAAUCCCAGGUUUAGAAAUUCAAGAAUCCAAAAAAUGCUUGAUCAUUGCCACGAGCGCUCUCGUUCAGAGUUAGUAAUUAAAAAAUCGUCUUUGCUUCAAGAAUGGCCAAUAGGAGAGUCAGAAAAAGAAAAUCAACCUCCAAUGUUACUGCCUGAACCGGUACAUGGGCCUGAAAAUAAUAAUCAUCUCGAAAUCGUGCAGGAUAUGGCACCCAAAGAACAGUUUUCUGUACAAUUCUGUGAUAAAGAAAAUCACAGUAAAUGCCCUAAUCUGCCGAUGGAAGUAACUCUCGUAAACUCACUUUACGCGAGAGAGUAUAGUUUAACUUCUUCAAUAUUUAAUGAAUUUGGGGAAACCAAAACUCAUUCAGAUCAAUCACUGAAGUCUAUUGAAGGUUUGAUUUGCCAUGAAAUUAUGCUGCCGAUGUCUAUGAUCUCUUCUGCACCGGACUCACCAGUGGGAGACUUUUCAUCAGACGAUUCUGUUAAAGACAAGGACUACUGUCCGAGCGAGGAAUCUGAUUUGUCUGAUGAUGACCAUAUCUCCAGGGUCAAAUGUAAUAAAAAGCAACCCACAAACGCUCAUCCUAUCACCCAACAAACGGAACCAAAUAUAACAGAGCAGCCAGAAGUUUUUGCAUCUUCAUCAGAAAUUGCUACUGCGGAAGAACAAAUCAAUGAUAUAAUAAUCUUUAAUGCGAAAGAGAGAAAAAUACAACAAAAACAACAGAAGAGAUUGACAUACAAUGUCAAACCUGGAUGUAACAUAAAAUGUUCUAAAAAAUGUUCAACUAAGUUUUCAGAAGACACACGUGCAGAGAUAAAUAAAUAUUAUUGGGACUUAUCUUGGCAGGAAAGAAGAGUAUUUAUGCGAAAUAGUACUGCAGUAGCAAUUCCCAAAAGAAAAAUUACAGCUGAACCCAAAAGAGCACCAAGAAGUACAUUUAAUUUUAAAAAAUCUGAUGGAACCCAAGUCGAAGUUUGCAAGAUAUUUUUCCUGACAACAUUAGGGUUUCACAAAAACAAUGACACUGUAUUAUACAAUUCUUUAAACAAGAUCGAGAAAGACAGACGUGGACUACAUACGAAAACUCCCCGUAUAGAUAGAGAUAUAUUGACCAGCCACGUAGAAUCAUUUCAUCCGCUUGAAUUACACUACCGACGAGAACAUGCACCGCUUCGACGCUAUUUGCCAUGUGAUGUAACGAUUAAGUUGAUGCAUAAAGACUUUUGUGAAAAAAAUCCUUCGCAAAAGGUAUCUUACGAGCUUUAUAGAAAGCAUGUUAACAGUAUGCGGAUCUCAUUCACCAAAUUAGGUAAUGAAGAAUGUGAAAUUUGUGAAAGUUAUUUCUUGCAUUCUAAAAGUACAACACACGAUGUGAAAAAUGCAAUUCCAGAAAACUGCGGAGUGGUGAAAACCAAGAAUAUUUCAGAGGAGCAGUGCUGCCUCGUCUUCGCCACAUCCAUUCGGAAUGGUUAA